AUGGAUACCAACUCAAAAGACAGCGAACCUCUUGAAAUCAACGAGUCUGCUAUUCCUGGUGCUGAAAGUACCUCUUUAAUUUUGGGAAAUGGGAAGCUUGUAACUCCUCACAAGCAUGCGCCUGAAGGGACUCCUAAUGGUUGCACACCAGAUACUUUUAAGUCACCCUUGGACUUUUCCACAGUAACAGUAGAGCAACUGGGAAUUACACCUGAAAGCUUUGUAAAGAACUCUUCAGGAAAGUCACCAUCCUCCCUGAAAAAAUCGAGACGACGCUCUACGAUUGGUGCUCGGGGCUCCCCUGAAACAAACCAUCUUAUUCGUUUCAUUGCUCAGCAGCGGAAUUUAAAGAACGUGGAGAAAUCUUUGACACAGAAUUCCCCUUUUCUGGGCAGUCCUGUACUGCAUCGAAAUGUUAAUUCUUUAAGAGAGCGAAUGUCUGCCUUCCAGUCAGCUUUUCACUGCAUAAAGGAGAAUGAAAAAAUGACUGACUUUCCCGAAGUCUCAGAGGCAGAAGGAGAAGUCACGACAACAGGCUUGACCAAAAAGGAAAGGCUUGGGCAGUGUCCACAGUUUGAGUUCUCUGCAGAUUUAUCUUCCAAACGUCGAAGGAUAUCCUCUCAGAGCAACUCUGAUGAAAAUCUCCCUGACGCAGUUGAUCUCCAGAUAUCCCGUAGAGCCCCUUCUCCUAAUACAGGCACAAUGUGUGCUGUUGAAACUUCUCCUGCAGAUUUUUCUGAGAAAUCUUUUGAAUCUGGUUUAACGCAGUCUGGAUAUUUGGUUGAAGAGUCUGUUUCACUUUCAGAUCUCACAGAAGCUUCAAGUGAUACCUCUGACUCCAGCAGUAAAAUUGGUCCUCAGUCGUUGUUCAACUCAGGAGUCAAGGUUGCUGAGUGUGUAGAGGGUGAAAGAUCAAGUGUUGCUGUUUCCCUUGACAACUUGACGGAAGUGAGCACAGACACCACUCCUGAAGGCAGGUCACUGGUCACUCCACUCUGCAAGAGGGACGUUGCAUCCUCUGAGACCUUCGUACUUCGUUCGGUGCUAAAGAAACCCUCUGUUAACCUGUUUCUAGAAAGCCUCCAGGAACACUGUGACAAUCUCUGUGAUGACAGGACUCAUCCGAGCUUAAUCUCAAAUCUUGCAAACUAUUGCAAAGAACAAACAACAGAAGGUCAAGAAAAUUGUAAAGUGCCAGCCUUUCUAAAUGUCAGGAAGAGGAAGAGAGUUACUUUUGGAGAGGAUCUAAGCCCUGAGGUGUUUGAUGAGUCUUUGCCAGCAAAUACUCCGUUGCGUAAAGGAGGAACACCCGUUCGCAAAAAGGAUUUGAGUAAUGGCAGUCCCCUGCCGCUCGAGCAAUCACCAGUUCCUGCACAGUUAUCACAACCAGAUUUUGAUGACAAGGGGGAGAAUCUUGAAAACAUAGAACCUCUUCAGGUGUCAUUUGCCGUUCUGAGUCCUCUUAAUAAGUCUUCAAUCUCUGAGACUCUUUCAGGCAUUGAUACCUUUAGUUCUUCAAAUAACCAUGAGAAAACAGCCUCCCAUAAAGUUGGUAGAAUAACACGGGCCUCUAACCGAAGAAGUCAAUUGAUCACUUUUGCAGAAGAGGAGGUUUGCAACUUACUUCAUACAGAAGCUCAGCCCUGUAAAGAAAAGAAAAUUAAUAGGAGGAAAUCUCAGGAAAGCAAGCACACAGAAAGAGUGCGUCCUAAAAAGAACCAAGCUUUAAAAAGUUGCAGAAAGAAGAAAGCAAAGGGAAAGAAAAGUAUUCAAAAGUCUUUAUAUGGGGAAAGAGACAUCGCUUCCAAGAAGCCGCUCCUAAGUCCUAUUCCCGAGCUGCCUGAGGUCUCGGAGAUGACGCCUUCCGCCCCAAGCACCGGAACGAUGCAUUCAGAUGAUUUCGACUCCAGUGGUGAACUUCAAGCAGCAAAGCUUCCUCAAAGGAAGCCUCAGAAGCCAGAUUUGCAGAUGAGUCAAGGUUUUAAUAAGUACGAUCUGUCUGCACUCUGCAGCUCUCACACCAAACGUUCCUCGCCGCUUAUUAACGCUACUUUAGAGCAAGAUUUAGAUAUAAAUACCGUAGAAGCUAGUAAACAUAAAACUCUUCCAAGAGCGGAAAUUAAGUCAGAAAGUGAAAAUGACCUGAAAGCUGGCUCUGAGAAUGAGAGCAGUCGUGUUUCCUGUGAUUCUGUGACCGCAAAGGGCCCGGCAUCCGAUGAUGCGGGAUCCAGUAUUAUCCUGCCGUCCCGGGAAUUGGCUGCCGCUGGCCAAAAUGUGGAAAACCUUUUUCAGAUCUUUAAAAUUUCAGAAGAUGUGAACAUAAAGUAUGAAAAGCAGGAUGACUCUGUUAUAGCUCCAGAAGGGAAACCGCCGACCACACGUGUAAUGUCUGGCUUACAAAAAGACGUCUUCCUUGACAACAUGAAAGAAAGUACAAAUCCGAGCGAGGGUUCGGGAAGCAGCUGCGCAGAGAGUGAAAGCACUGGUACGAACGGGGGAGGAAAGAAGCAUAGAAGACGUUCUAUGUGUUACUCUGGCGGCCAGAGUUUCGAUUCGGAAAAAAACGGAAAUCCCAAACCUCCCUACCUGGUGAGCAGCCCUGUAGAAAUUGGUUUAGAAAAUUCUGAACUCUAUAAAGAUUUAUCUGACUCCAUAGAGCAGACCUUUCAGAGAACGAGUAGGGAAACAAGAGUAAGACGGAGCACCAGGCUGCAGAAGGAUCUGGAAGAGGAAGGGCUCGUCUGGAUCUCACUUCCAUUUCCUUCCGCUUCCUGCACUUCCCAAAGAAUGAAAAGGAGAACAAUAUGCACAGUGGACAGCAGAGGCCUUGAAAGCGUGGCCCUCUGUAAAGACCCCAGGUCUUCUGGACACACCCCGAGCACGGCACCCGCCGUGUCGGGUAAAGACAGGGAGGGCUUGGCCGCCAGUGCGGCCAGUUUACCUGGGAGGAGGAGGAAGAGCUUGUGGACGUCCGCACCCGUGAACACGAAAGGUCCCAUUCUGGCAAAAUGCUGCAAGAGAAGAAGCUCUCUCCCCCAGAGCGGAGAGAGCUCUCUAAGGGACGUCCAAGGAGUCGGGCACGUCGGGAACUAA